GUUUCAGGAGAUUCGUAUCGAUCGCUCUCAUACCUAUUUCGGGUACCACAAUAAACUAUCUCCAAAAUAAUACCAGAAUGAUGCGAUGCUAUCUAUAAAUGUUUAAUAUCGGAUUACAUGGAGGUACCUUCAUCUGAAGAUUGCUGGGAAAAAAAUUCAGAAGAUUUCAAAAACAAAUGGAAUUUUCCAAAUGCUCUUGGAGCACUAGAUGGAAAGCACGUGGUCAUAAAAGCACCCCAACAUAGUGGAGGCGUGUACUAUAAUUAUAAAGGUACAUUCAGCAUUGUGUUAACACAUUAAUGGCAUUAGUUGAUGCCAAUUACAAAUUUAUUUACACAGACAUAGGAUGCAAUGGGAGAAUCUCCGAUGGAGGCGUGUUUGCAAAUUGUUCACUUUCAAAUGCUCUAAGCGACGGCAGACUUAAUAUACCACCACCAAGGCCACUUCCCGGUAGGACCAAAUAUGUACCCUAUGCCAUUAUAGCUGAUUAUGCUUUUCCAUUGAAGCCUUAUCUUAUGAAACCGUUUCCUUUUCGUAAUCAACCUGGUCCUAAUCGUGUUUGUAACUACAGACUGUCGAGAGCUCGACGAGUGGUAGAAAAUGCGUUUGGUUUACUUGCAAACAGAUUUAGAAUAUUAAGGAAACCUAUAGAAUUAUGUCCUGAAAAAGUUAUAAAACUUGCAUCUGCAAUCUGCGUGUUACAUAACUUUCUCUUGGAACGGAAUUCAAGGCAUGUGUAUGCACCACAAGGCACCUUCGACGAGGAAAUUGAUGGUGUAGUAACUCCUGGCAGUUGAAGACAAGAUCCCCCUCCGGAUAAUGUAUUGUUUUCAAAUAGACCAGUGGGAUCCAACAUGUCUAAUGAAAGUAAAGAAAUCCGUGAAGAAUAUACAGAAUAUUUUGUAUCUCCUGAAGGAAGUUAGCUGGCAGUACAGAUACAUAAGUGGAAAUUAAUAAUAAAGACAACUUACCAAAUUUUGUUGUGUUUCAUUUGCUG